AUGUCUCUGCUGAAUCAACUCUUCAACAGGGGACUCGUCGGAGCAAAAGGUAAAACAUGCUUGACCUUGGCAAUCUCACGCAUCAAGUUGUUACAAAACAAGAGAGACGUGCAACUUAAGCUUAUGAGAAAGGAGAUAGCCCAAUUUUUGCAGGCUGGACAAGAAGCAAUUGCUAGAAUUAGAGUAGAGCAUGUGAUACGGGAACAAAAUAUAUGGGCUGCUUAUGAGAUUUUGGAGAUGUUUUGUGAAUUUGUUCUUGCCCGUGUUCCUAUUCUUGAAAGCCAAAGGGAAUGUCCUGCAGAGUUGCAGGAAGCAGUUGCAAGCAUAAUCUUUGCAGCCCCCAGAUGUUCAGAUUUGCCAGAUCUAUUACAUGUCAGAAAUUUGUUUGCCGCAAAAUAUGGAAAAGAAUUCAUAUCGGCUGCAUCUGAACUUCGCCCUGAUACUAGUGUCAAUCGUACAAUAAUUGAGAAACUAUCAGUCAGUGCUCCAUCCCCUGAAGUAAAGCUCAAUACGCUGAAUGAAAUUGCAGCGGAAUUUAAUGUGAAUUGGGACUCUUCUAAAACUGAAACAGAAUUCAGUAAAAAACCGGAGGAUCUUCUGAAUGGACCAAAGAAAAUUGUUGCACUUCCUCGAGCAUAUUCAAGGCUGGAUACUAGUGAAGACCAACCCAAUCAAGAACAUUCUACAUUUUCCACAAAUGCUAAACAAGGGGACCCGUGCUUUCAACCUUCCACUCCUUUUGUAGCUCCCAGUAGAAUUGAACCAUUAAUCAAGGAUCACAAUGUGGAACCAAUCACUGAUACCAAGGACACAAAUCCAGAUGUGUUGUUAAAGGCUCGCACUGCCAUUGCAGCAGCAGAGCGUGCAUCAGCUGCUGCUCGUGCAGCCGCUCAGUUGGUAAAUAUCAACUUUAGCUCGUCGAAGGUAGAGAAACAGUAG